AUGGGAACUUCUCAAGAUGAGCGUCUGAAGGAAAUUAUUAAGAAGAAGAAAAAGAUUGCUGCCGGCCUUGCGAUCAAGCAUCGUUGGUUGAAAUCCAAGCGAUUGAUGUCAGUCAAACAGAUCAAAAGUCUCUGCAACAAAAAGAAGUCCAAGAAGAUAGAAUCGCAUCACGCUUCCUCUGUACCGCAGGAGCCGACCGAAAAGCCCAUUCUCAAAAAAGAGGCAAGGAAGUCGCAACCACGCGUUAUUCCACUCGAACCUGUUCAGGAAGGACAAACAAAGAAACCCAGAGAUUUUCGCGAGUUGUUCGCAUCCAUUCCUUUCGAACCACCGCGGCGAGUUGUUCCACCACCUUAUCCUUGUUGGGUUGAUGGUCGGUUUCAAAGUGGUUGCGUUGAAAGAGUGGAACUCAAACCACUCGCAAAGAGCCCUCCGCCACGCGAUGAACCGUCAGGAAGAGCAUCUCCUAGUUGGGAAAGAUACUAUCCCGAAGGCGACUCCACUAACUGGGUUAACGGCAGCUUCGAUGAAGUCACGAAUGGACAGCAAUGUCUCCACGUUCCUAAGACUGAACCUGUCGACGAGCUAUUGGAUCAUACUUAUCAUCGUCUUAUGCCAGAUUCUCGUAAUUAUCAUCAGUUUGAUGUUCGUCAGCAAGACUACUAUGAUUAUGAUCCCUAUCUACAAAAUUGUCAAUACGAGCGUUCAACUGCAUUGGAAUACGCUCGAGGAUUACGGUACGUCCCUUCUCAACAGCAGUAUGCACCUGUUUUUUAUGUAGAUUCUGCACAUUAUCCUGCUAGUGGGGCUGCUGGACCGAGCUACGCUUACGGUCCUUACUAUUCCUAUGAGACGGAUUAUUCUGCUACUUCUACCAAUUUCAAUGAGACUGCUCGUCCAUAUCGUCCACAUCCCCUUCUUCGCGAGAUGUAG